AUGGCGAGCAAGAGCUGCUGCUUGUACCCGCCCAAGCUGGACCCCCGCUGUGGGCUGGGCACCGUGGUGGAGGACAUCGGCGGCCUCCGCGCCUACACAGCGGGCUCAGUGACUUCCCACCGUGCUGUUAUCCUCGUCAGCGACGUAUUUGGUACCGACACUACUGAAUCUUCGUGACUCUCUCUUUCCCCUUUCUCACUCCUCUGUCUGCAGGAUAUGAAGCUCCUAACCUGAGGUAACCGGGAAAACUCGAUCUUCUGCAUGCUCUUCAGCGGAAUCCGCCAUCAGUGCUUGUGACUGACCGACUGACCUCGUGCUUGCUUGCCGCUGUCGAAUUGGGGCAUUUUCCCCCUGCAGAAAAUGGGCCGACAAGGUAGCCGGUGAGGGCUUCUUCGUGGUGGUACCGGACUUCUGCUAUGGCGACCCAUACGGGGGAGACGAGUCCAUGGCCGACUGGCUUAAGCGCCACAGCCCGGUGAGUCUCGGUCGUCGCCAUCUUCGACUCGGAAAACAUUCUCUAAAAUCCUCUGUGCCAGAUCUGAUGUUUUCCUCUACUGCGACUGGAACUUGCCGGCGGCCAGGAAAAAGCUGCCGGAGAUGCAAACGCCGUCGUCGAAGCUCUUAAGAGCAGAGGGGCCACUUCCGUCGGCGCCGCCGGGUUUUGCUGGGGCGGUAAGAUCCACCGGUCAUCUCACCACUGAAGCAACACCAAAAAAUUUAACAAGAACAAAGACAAGCCUGGAGAUGUUGUCUGAAUCCCCAUCCCUCCCCCCAACGUUGCAGGCAAGGUGGUCGUCGAAGUAGCCAAGUCAGACGUCAUCGACGCCGCGGUGCUUCUGCACGCGUCAUUGGUCACCGUCGACGAUAUCAAAGGUGUGAUUCGUGCUGCCUGCUACUCCACCUCCUCGCCUUGUGUUUCAUGACCGGCUUCACGAUGUUAAGCAGAGGUGAUCGUGCCUAUCGAAGUGAUCGGGGGAAGUCUCGACGACGUAACCCCGCCUUGGAUGCUGAAACAGUUUGAGCUGGCCUUGUCGGCCAAGCCAGAAGUAAGAUAUUUAUCUUCCGAAAACCUCCGCGAAACUGCUCGACUAGAAUCUGUGGGCUAUUUUUCGUGGGGAAUUUAUUCUCGAAAAUCUCGACAGAUCGACAGCUUCGUGAAGAUCAUUCCGGGAGCUCCACACGGGUUCUGCCUUCGCUAUGACGCCGACGACGAGGCUGCCGUGAAGAGGGCCAAGGAGGCGCAAAAGGACAUGAUGCACUGGCUUCUCAGAUACGUCAGGCAAGGACUGUCCCUCCCCUUCGUACCUCUUAAAGAAAAUCUCAUAGGCACCUUUGGUCUUCACAAAAUCCUCGUGGGAUGUCUCUCAGAUCCACUGCUUCUCUCCCCGGAAAACACGCUGCCGAGAUGCACGUGA